GCUCGCAGAAGCCCAGGCAUGGCUGCCUCCUACUGGAUACUGACAGCUUUCUUUCACCUUGUUUGCACUUCAAAUGUUGAUGUGAAAAAUGCACUGACCUUCAGUGGGCCUCUGGAAGACAUGUUUGGGUACACAGUCCAACAGUAUGAAAAUGAGGAAGGGAAAUGGGUACUUAUUGGUUCACCACUGGUUGGCCAACCUGAGAAAAGAACAGGCGAUGUCUACAAAUGCCCUGUAGGAAGGCACAGCCCAUCACCCUGCACAAAACUGAACUUACCAGCUUCUACUUCAGUUCCUAAUGUCGUGGAAGUAAAAGAAAACAUGACUCUUGGAACAACCUUAGUGACUAACCCAAAAGGAGGGUUUCUGGCAUGUGGACCACUUUAUGCUUACAAAUGUGGACGUUUGCAUUACACAACUGGAGUUUGUUCUAAUGUCAGCUCCACUUUUGAAACCGUUGGGGCCAUUGCUCCGUCUGUGCAAGAGUGUAAAACCCAGUUGGACAUUGUCAUAGUCCUUGAUGGGUCCAACAGCAUUUAUCCAUGGGAGAGUGUCACAGGCUUUCUGAACAGCCUCCUGAGAAACAUGGAUAUAGGUCCUCAGCAAACACAGGUUGGAAUUGUUCAGUAUGGACAGACAGUAGUCCAUGAAUUUUACCUAAAUACAUACUCAACAACAGAAGAUGUGAUGGCUGCAGCCUUGAGAAUACGCCAGCGGGGCGGCACGCAAACCAUGACAGCCUUGGGAAUAGACACAGCCAGGGAAGAAGCUUUUACUGAGGCUCACGGUGCACGAAGAGGAGUACAAAAAGUAAUGGUUAUUGUGACUGAUGGGGAAUCACAUGACAACUACAGAUUACAAAAAGUGAUUGAUGAUUGUGAAGAUGAAAACAUUCAGAGAUUUGCUAUUGCUAUUCUUGGCAGCUACAGCAGAGGAAAUUUAAGCACUGAGAAAUUUGUAGAGGAAAUAAAAUCAAUUGCCAGUAAGCCUACUGAAAAGCAUUUUUUCAAUGUCUCAGAUGAAUUAGCUCUUUUAACCAUUGUUGAAGCACUUGGAGAGAGAAUAUUUGCCCUGGAAGCAACAACAGACCAGCAAGCCUCCUCUUUUGAAAUGGAAAUGUCUCAAGCUGGUUUCAGUGCUCAUUAUUCUCAGGAUUGGGUCAUGCUUGGAGCAGUUGGAGCAUAUGACUGGAAUGGCACAGUGCUGAUGGUGAAAGACACUGGUAUUUCCAUGCCAACCAAUGACACCUUCCGUGACAGGCGUUCCGAGAGAAACGAACCUCUCGCAGCCUACCUAGGAUAUACUGUGAAUUCAGCACUGACUCCUGGAGGUGUGCUGUACAUAGCAGGACAGCCACGAUACAAUCACACUGGCCAAGUUAUCAUUUAUAAGAUGGAAGGAAAAGAGGUGCAAGUGAUUCAGAGAUUAAAUGGAGAACAAAUUGGAUCAUACUUUGGGGGUGUUAUUACCACAGUUGACAUCGAUAGGGACUCAUUUACAGACCUUCUUCUUGUUGGAGCUCCUAUGUAUAUGGGAACUGAGAAAGAGGAGCAAGGGAAAGUGUAUGUUUACAGUCUGAACAAGACAAAGUUUGAAUAUCAGAUGAGUCUUGAACCCGUGAAGCAAACGUGCUGCUCACCAUUAAAGCAGGACACCUGCAAAGUUCUUAAGAACGAGCCUUGCGGGGCGCGCUUCGGGACAGCGAUUGCUGCAGUGAAGGACCUCAACCUGGACGGGUACAAUGACAUUGUGAUAGGCUCUCCCUUGGAAGAUGACCAUCGGGGCGCUGUUUAUAUUUACCAUGGCCGUGGCAAAGCAAUCAGUAAAAAAUAUUCGCAGCGUAUUGCAUCAGGUGGAGAUGGGGAAAAAGUGAAAUUUUUUGGCCAGUCCGUGCACGGAGAAAUGGAUUUAAACGAUGACGGGCUGAUUGAUGUUACCAUCGGAGGCCUUGGUGGGGCUGCCCUCUUCUGGUCUCGUGAUGUGGCUGAAGUAAAUGUUUCCAUGCAAUUUAUACCUAAAAGCAUCAAUAUUCAGCAACAAAAUUGUCAGAUAAAUAUAAGAAAAACAAUAUGCAUAGACGCCACAAUUUGUUUUAAGACCAGACUAAAGUCAAAAGAAGAUAUAUUUGAAUCCAGUCUGCAAUAUUGGAUUACCCUUGAUGCACAAAGACAGAUAUCUCGAAGCUUGUUCACAGAAAGUCAUGAGAGGAAAAUGCAAAAAAAUAUAACAAUCAAAGGGUCAGAAUGUACAAAACAUAACUUCUACAUGUUGGAUAAGCCUGAUUUUCAGGACUCUGUAAAGGUUUUGCUGGAAUUCAAUUUUUCUGAUCCGGAGAGUGGACCUGUUCUUGACAGCAACUUGCCAAAUUCAAUAGCAGAAUAUAUUCCUUUCACAAAAGAUUGUGGAGCCAAAAAUAGAUGCAUUUCAGAUCUUGUUCUGACUGUAAAAGCAAGCAUAGCUGGAGACAGCUCUUCUCCAUUCAUUGUAAAGUCACGCAAUGAUAAGUUCACCAUCCAGCUCUCUGUGAAGAACAAAAAAGAUAGCGCCUAUAAUACCAGAGUUUUGGUUCAGUACUCUCCAAAUAUUAUUUUUGCUGGCAUUGAGGAUAUACAGAAAGAUAGCUGUGAAUCUAAUCACAAUAUCACCUGUAAAGUGGGAUAUCCAUUUCUAAAACCUGAAGAAGAGAUCUCCUUCAAAAUAUCCUUCCAAUUCAACGCAUCCUAUCUCCUGGAAAAUGCUACUAUUCAUGUAUAUGCAACAAGUGACAGUGAAGAACCACCUGAGACCCUGAGUGACAACAGAGGACAUGUUACAAUUCCAGUAAAAUAUGAAGUAGGAUUAAUAUUUGUAAGUGUUUUCAAAGAGCACCAUGUUAUAAUUGCAGCAAAUGAUACUGUCCCUACUGCUAUUAACACAACAGAGCAGAUCGGCGACGAAGUUACUCUACAUUAUAGGAUUGAAAAAGGUGAACACUUUCCAAUGCCAAACCUCACACUGCAGAUCUUAUUUCCCAAUGUAACAGCUGCCAAAAACACUCUUCUCUACCUUACUGCAUUGUCUCAUUCCCAGAAUGCCAUCUGCCAAAGUAGUUACCCUGUAGAUCCCUUAAAGAUUGGCACUGGGAAACCAUUUGUGCUGUCAAAAAUAAAAGAACCUACAAGGGAUACAAUUAUGGACUGUGAUACAUACAGCUGUGCCUCUAUUAAUUGUGCCCUGGUCCCAUCUGACGUAUAUCAAGUGAAUGUUUCAUUGAGAGUAUGGAAACCCACCAUCAUAAAAGCCAGUAUUCACAGCUUAACCCUUGUUGUGAAAGCAUUACUGAGGAGUGAGAACUCAUCACUGAUUUUGAGAAAUGACCAUCAAAAACUGGAGACCAUGAUCAAGAUUUCCAAAGAACACCCACCGGGUACAGUCCCCUUAUGGGUUAUCCUCCUGAGUAUCUUCGCCGGACUCUUGAUUCUUGCACUGCUUAUAUUUGCUCUGUGGAAGGCUGGAUUUUUCAAAAGGCCAUUAAAGAAGAAAAUGGAGAAAUAAAAAAAAAAGAAAAUAAAAAAGAGAAAAUUUUGCUCAGGUCUGCCAUCAAAAUGUUACUGUAAAAUUAUGAACUUAUAUGCAGUGGUUACAAUGCUUUCCAAAUGCUGGUGCAUGAAAAAAAAACAAGAAGCGGAAAAACAAGAAGAAAAUCAAACACACAUGCAAAGAAAUUAUGCAAAAAAAAGAAUUAACAACCUUGCAGCAUUUUGUGAUCUUCAAGAAUAUACCUUUAAGUGUUGGUCAUUUUUGGAGAAUAACUGAGUUCAAAGAUUCUAACGUUUUUGAAUAUGGAAAGUUUGUAAUCAUAUUUUUAUAUACCUAUGUAUGUUGAAACAUUUUUCAUUCCAAAUUACACAACAGGUCAGCUUGUAUGUGGCAAUCCCAGUCUUUUUUAUCACCUUAUGAUUUUCAAAAGGAAAAUGCAUAAUUUUCAAAAUUCCCUCCUAAUGUCACUUCUGUGGAAGCAGAUUCUCAAUUCACAAGGCAGAACAUGUAAACUUUGAGAAUGCACCAAAUACUCUGUGAUUGCUGAUGCAAUGGCAGCUCAGAAGACAGAAACACCUCCAGAAUAUUGGGUGAAAAUUACUGAAAUACCAUGGAUUUCUCUUUCUGCUCAUUUUAGCACGUCCAGCUGAAUGAAGGAUACUCCAAGAAAGAGACUCUUAUGGUUAAGGACCAUAAAGGGUUGAUCCAUUAAACCACAUAACUGUUUAAACUUGAAAUAUAUUUUUGGCAGGCCUAAAAACACGCAAAUCAUUCAAGCCCAUCUGAUUGCACACUGUACUCAAAUAAGCAGGGGCAUAAUUUUAUCUGCAAAUUGAAAUGUCCAUAUUUAUGCAGAAAAUGUUUAGAGGCACCCUGAAAGUUUGACUCUUGCUGUAUAUCUUGGAGUAGCCAGCAGGGUGCUUCAUAAACUGUCACUGUAAAUUUCUUGUGUAGCUAUUUAAUCCAAUGAAUUUAAAGUGUACAAAAUGAAAAUUAUCAAAAGAGCACAGAUAGGAAAUUCAGCACUGGCAAGCUUCUUCUAGUAUUAUAGGUCACAGCUCAUCUUUAUUACUUAGGAAUUUAAGAAGUGAUGAAGAAUUUGCAUACUAAAUAAGCACUUAAAAAUUAUGUUUAUUUUGUGUCAAAGAUUAAAAGUUUAUAUGAGAAUACACUGAAAUGUAGAUAGCAAAAGGUUUCUUUAAGAAAUUUUUUCUUACUAUUUAGAUAAUUCAGUUUCUUCCUUUCUUUCAUGCACUUGUCUUCCUCCCAUGAGGAUCUCUCCUUUAGGCUCAUGGCUGUGCCAUGACCUUGAGCGCUUCCUGUGUUUCUUGGAGCCACAUGAAAUUAACAGGAGAAAAAGGAUGCAUGCUGGCAAAGUGUAAUGCUGCCUCAGCAUGACUCAGUAUUGAUUGCCAGUAGAUCAGAAAAUGCUGAGGAGGUGUUCUAAGAUCUGUAAGACAUACUUGUUGGCAGAAAAGCUUUGCCUUGCUAAGGAA